CGUCAAUCUCAGAGACUGAGAAGUUCCUGGCUAGGCUGUGUGUCCUCUCUCCCCCUCUAGCCCAGGUGGGGCUGUGAUGGGAUCUUUUCCUGCAAGGGAGUCAUGGACGUCUUCCUCAGGAUACUUUUCUUCUUACCAAUCUCAAAGGCUCUGAAGCCACUUGGAGAAACAACAUUGUCUGGAGAGCUGGGAGGAUACAUUGACAUCGAGUGUCCAUUGAAGGACCCACUACAGAGUUAUUAUCUCUGUCGGGAAAAUGGUCCCAGACAGUGCUCCAUAGUAGUGUCAAGCACAUCAUUUGUGGGGCCGGACUAUAAAGGCAGAGUCUCACUGAAGCUGCUCCCUGAGGAGAAUGUGUUUCUGGUAGAACUGAGGAAGCUGAAAGAAGAGGACAACGGCAGCUAUGCCUGUGGGAUGGGCAAGAAAAUAGACAGGUGGAAGACCUGGAAAGUGAUUCUCACAGUCAUGCCUGUCUCAAAGGCUCUGAAGCCACUUGGAGAAACAACAUUGUCUGGAGAGCUGGGAGGAUACAUUGACAUCGAGUGUCCAUUGAAGGACCCACUACAGAGUUAUUAUCUCUGUCGGGAAAUUGGUCCCAGACAGUGCUCCAUAGUAGUGUCAAGUACAUCAUUUGUGGGGCCGGACUAUAAGGGCAGAGUCUCACUGAAGCUGCUCCCUGAGGAGAAUGUGUUCCUGGUAGAACUGAGGAAGCUGAAAGAAGAGGACAACGGCAGCUAUGCCUGUGGGAUGGGCAAGAAAACAGACAGGAGGAAGACCUGGAAAGUGAUUCUCACAGUCAUGCCUGAAUAUGACCCAUUCUGGGAGGAUCCUGACUUCUUUGAACCCCCUCUACCUCCCUGGAUAUCCAAUGAGGCUUCUUCCUCUUUGCCCACCACCCAAGCAACAAGCACUUCAGCACCAAGGAUCCAGCCACAACAAACCCAACCACCCUUGGACCCUUCUCCCACCAGCCGUCAGAGAACUACCUUAGCAGCAGCAGUUGCCUCCCAGACCUCCCGAUCCCCUGUGGCCUCAAAGACUCUACACCUCAGCAGACUACUCCGGCCCUCCACUGUCAGUUAUUCCCAUCACACCAGGCUACGAGGUGAAAGUGCCUCCUACUUUGGAUCAUCUGUGAAGAAGGAUGGGGGAUUUCACAUCCUGAUCCCUGCCACCCUGGGCAUUAUCUUGAUGAUGCUUCUAGGAAUGGUGUUGGGAAGAUCAUUGCAGAAAAGGAGAGCUCUUUCCAGGAGGCUCGACAGACUGACUAUGAGGAUGAGUGCUCUGGAGGCCUCCCAGAGAGCUCAUUCCCACCUGCACCGCUCCCACCAGAGGCGCCUCCACCGGCCUGUCUCUAAUAGAUUCCGUUCUCAACACAACAUCUACAGUGCCUGCCCACGACAAGUUCAAAGAGCUGACCAGAAUGGUGAGCAGAUGCCUGCCAGUGGCCCCAGAAUUGCAGAACCUUCUACUCCUACCCAGGUUUCUAAGACUGUCCAGCUCCAGGCACCAGUCCCUGUGAAGAAUGAAUAUAUGAGCACCUAUCGCCUGUGUCUUCCUGAGCCAGAAGACUCUGAUUCACAUGACUACAUCAAUGUUUCCUGCUUGACUCAGAUGCCCGACUGCCCUCCAGGCCUAGGCUUCCAUGCCAACAAGGCUUGCCACUGAGUUGUGCUCAGAACUGACUCUGCUCUACUCCCGGCACAUUCCGCAGGCCCACCCCAGCUGUUUUCCCCAGGUAGAGGCAGAGGCUCUGUCUUCCCUGAGCAUAGCCCAUUCACACCCCAAAGCUUCUGCUAUUCAUCUCUGAAGGCCACUUUGCUUCCAUGGAGGCUGGCAGUUAAUAGAUAUUUAUUAGGUGCUACUAUGUGCCAGGAACUGUGCUAAGUGCUAGAGAUAUGAUAUGAAAAAAGAAAGCCAGCCCCUGCCCUCCAGGGGCUUAUAUCUAAAGGGGAAGCUAACACAUAAAAGGAAGCUGAAAGGAGGUGAAGGUAAGGGAAGGAAAGGUGGGGGAGGGGGAUGAUGACCAAGUCCUAGCCCCACAGAAAAUGAAAAGAUGCUUGAAAACCUGGGGACCCUCCUUAAGUGGAGGUUUGGGGAGGAGCUUUUCACUCCAUCCUCCAUUCAGAGGGCUCCUAUGGGUAGAAGGUAUAGAUGAGGUGUGAGAACUGAUGAGAAGGUCUAAAUCAUGGACCCUUUUUCCAGGCUUUGGACUUCUACAAACUGGGUCCAAUCUUGGGAAUUCCUCUCCCUACUUCAAUCAUUGUCUUCUUGGCUCAUUUUACCCCCAUUCACAGCUGCCUUUGGGAAAUCUCAUAAUAUAGGCUUGAAUACAGCUCAUGUCCAGGUCUCGACAGAUAAGGGUGAAAAGGGUCUCCAGGUACUAUAUGAGCACCCAGUAACAAGAAGUAUAUUGAAUUCAGACCAACUUUUAUUCUACCUCCACAAUAAAUGCAGAAAAUGAAUAAAGGUUUCAGAAUAGCCCAUAAAUAAUGGGUUUCUUUUUCAUCUCUAGUGAGUCCUACCUUCCCUUAGGGCUCUAUAUAGUCUCCCAGGCUCAUAGCAUCACUAUAUGGCCCGCAGAGCCCUCAAAACCAAACAAACUUGAGUAUGUCAGGCAGGCAAUUCUCCCCCUCCCCACAUACAUACACAAACAAAUAUAUUCUAGUGAGUCACUCUUUUACCCCAGAGACCCAAAGAAAUAUUCUGCCUUAGAGUACUAGAUUUGGUCAUUCAGUCCAAUUCCUUAUGACCUCAUUUGGGGGUUUCUUGGCAAGGAUACUGGAGUGGUUUGCCAUUUCCUUCUCCAGCUCGUGAUAGAUGAGGAAACAGAGGCAAAUGACUUAAAUAACUUGCCCAGGGUCCAUCUGUCAAUCCAUCCUGAUGACGAUGCAAACAGUGCCCUAAGAGUUAAGAGUUGCUUUUCUCUAGUUUAUUCUCUAACCAGAAGGCAUCCUAAAGUCUCUUCCCCUUAUCUUGAAAUACCAUAAAAUUUCCCCUUUUGUCCUGGACCAUAAAAUUCCUUGUCUCCCCCCAUCCUGGGUCAUAAAAUUUCCCCUGUCUCCCUUAUCUUGUGUCAUCCAUCGUCCUCAUCCUGUCCCUAAUCUUCAACCCCCAUAAAAACCCCUAAAACUACAUCAUCAUUCUGAAACCUCUAUAAAAGCAUAACUCCCCCAAAUACAGGGGUCUCACUUACCUUUUUUUCUAGGAGAUCUGUACUGCUUUUGCAUCAAUAAAGCUUCCAAUGGCUAAUUGUUUGUG